CACUUCUGCAUCUUGAUUUAAGUUCAUAUUGCACAAGUUUGUUAACUGACUAGUUAUAGUCCAAAGUACUAAUUUUAUAAUCUUGACCUAUGUCUUAAUGACCCUUAAAACAUUAGAAAAAACAUUGUUGUUUGCAAUGAGCAUCAUGUCAUAGUUAUCAGAUAUACAGAUGUUUGUUUUACAACAGUUAUACUGAAAGUUAUUCCUCUGUCGAAAUAAUUCCAGUAAAAACCUAAGCAUGACAGACAUAGUAACUCCUGUUAUUAUUGGUGUUGAUAUUGGUGGAACCAACACAGAUGCUGUCUUAUUGUGCCCCAGCAAGGAAAGACCAGAGAUUCUGGCAGAAAUAAAAGAACUGACCACAGCUGAUGUGACUACUGGUGUUAAGAAAGCAAUACUGGGUUGUCUUAAGCAAGCUGUACAGAGGGGCAAGUCAGUGCUGCCCCUUCAAGUCAAUAUAGGCACAACUCACUUUGUAAAUGCUGUAGUCCAAGGGAAAGAUUUGGCUAAAGUGGCUGCUGUUAGAAUCUGUGGCCCUGUGUCAGAAGAAGUUCCUCCUUUUAUGGACUUUCCCUCUAGGCUGGCUAAUGUGAUAUGUGGAUCUGUCCAUCUUGUUCACGGAGGCUUCAGAUUUGAUGGCAAAGAACAUGAGUCUUUAGAUGAACAGCAAAUCUGUAAUGUACUCAAAGACAUUCAAUCUAAGGGCAUAAAAAACAUUGCAUUUAUUGGUGUGUUUUCUCCAACUAGACCAGAACAUGAAAUCCGUGCCAAGAAAAUCGCUCUUGAAGAAUACCCAGAGGCUUCUGUGACUUUAUCUCAUGAAAUAGGCCACAUAGGACUUUUGGAGCGUGAAAAUGCAGCUCUCUUAAAUGAAUGCCUGAAGCCAUUAUGUAAGAAAACAAUAAGUGGAUUUCAAACUGCGCUUGAUGAGAUUGGAGUCAAAUGCCCAUUUUAUUUAACACAAAAUGAUGGUACCAUCGUCAGCAGUGAGGCUGUCUUAGAGCAGCCGGUACUUAUAUUUGCAUCUGGUCCAACCAAUAGCAUGAGAGGUGCAGCUUUCUUGUCAGAACUGAAGGAUGCUAUUGUUGUAGACAUUGGAGGAACAACUACAGAUGCUGGAGUUCUGAAAAAUGGAUUUCCAAGAGAAGCAGCUAGCCAUGUCAAGGUGAGCGGAGUUAGAACCAAUUUUCGUAUGCCUGACGUCAUAAGUAUUGGUUUAGGAGGUGGCUCCUAUGUUAAAGAACAUACCAAGAAAGAUGACAGUGGACAAUAUGUAACAGUUGGCCCUCUCAGCGCUGGAUUAAAUCUAAUGAAGGAAUCAUAUGUGUUUAACACAAGCAAUAAUUAUUCUGACAGAUUUAUUACAGCAACGGAUGUAGCAGUAGCAUCUGGGCUUUGUCAACUUGGAUCUACGGAAAAUGUCAAAAAAUUGAACAAAUCAUUAGUUAAUCAGGCCAUAGAUGAGAUUCACAGACUCGUUGAAGAUGUAAUAGACAAAGUGAAACUAAGUGUCGAUGAACUGCCUGUUAUUGUAGUUGGUGGAGGAAGUAUUCUAAUAGACAGGUCACGACCUCUGAAAGGAACCAAACAACUAAUAAUUCCAGAACAUUUUGGAGUUGCUAAUGCAAUAGGUGCAGCUUUAAGUAAAGUGUCAGCUAGCUACAAUAAUAUUGUCAAUUUAAUAGACCGAGUCAAUACUCUUGAGAUGGAGGCAUGUGUUAGUAAAGCUCUUGAAGAUGUCACCAAUGAUCCAGAUGGAAAGGAAAGUGAAAGAGCCAGUAAUCAAGCUCGAAAGCCUUUUCUAUUAAAAGCGAGAGAUGAUGCUAUGGAAGAAAUUUGUCAGAAAAUUAAAGCUACUCUCGUCACUGAUGGCGCUACUGAAGAAAGUCUAGAAAUUCUUGAAAAAGAAGAUUCUGUUCUUGCAUACAUUCCUGGAAAUGCCACGCAAAUAAAAGUAAAAAUUGUAGGAGAUUUAUCCUGGGGUGAAACUAAAAACAAACAGGCUUGGUUACCACCAGACAAUGUUGAGAAAUUGGUAUUGGAAGAUUCUCAAACCAUUGAAAAACAAAAGUUUUCUUCCACUGGUCAGAGAAUAGAUUCAGAAGAAGAGGAAAUGAUUCAAGACUGGACAAGAUCACCAAAAGAUCCUGUUAUUGAUCCAUCAACUGGAGAAUGGUUCAUUUCUGAAUGGGACAUUGAAUGUAUUGUCCUUGGCUCAGGUAUAUAUGGUUGUGGUGGUGGUGGAAGUCCACAUUUAGGACGUCUGCGAGCAUUAAAAGCCUUGCAGGAUGGAAAGAAAUUGAGAGUUGUCAGUCCUGAGAAACUUUUACAAAAUGCCGAUCCCGUAAAGGAUAUAAUAAUUUCAUCUUCUUUUAUCGGAGCUCCAUUGAUUAUGUUUGAACAAGCUAUUUCGUCACACGAAACCACUGCUGCAAUAGAAUGUUUAAUAGAUUUGUAUGAAAUCGGAGAAUUUAAUGAUGGAAACUUAUUAAACAAAGAAAACGUUCAUGUGGAGACCAGUCCGGGAGCAUGCAAAUUUAUUAGAAAUUAUAGGCCUAGGGGUGAACGGUCAACAAAGUAUAAGUUUGUAGCCGUAAUGGCCGAUGAAAUUGGAGGUAUGAACGCUAUUGAACCUUUCCUGCAGGCUGCCAACCUUGACCUACCUGUUUUGGAUUGUGAUGGGAUGAGCCGUGCUUUCCCUGAAGUUCAGAUGUUUAUACCAUACAUGUUUGGUUAUCCCCCUUAUCCAGUAGCCAUAGUUGGAAGUGGAAACUAUCAAGAGAGAACAGCAAUGCUUUACGCCCCUUCCAACAAACUUCUUGAGAACUUCCUGCGUCAAGUUUCAAUAGAAAAUGGAUGCUCUGCAGGGAUGGCUACGCCACUUUUGAAAGACACGGUGCUAACCAAAUCAGCAUUGCAUACCGUAAGUAGUGCUUGGAGACUUGGCAAUGCUAUUCUUAGAGCUAGGCUGCAGAAGGAAUCAGUCAUUGAAGCUAUAGUUCAACAAGAGAAUGGGAAGCAUGUCAUGAAUGGUAAAAUUUUGGAUGUCCAAAGAGAGACAAGCGGCGGUUUCAAUCGUGGCUUCUUGCUGGUAGAAGGCUCUGAUGGUUGGCUGGGACAAACUUUAAUCAUUGAAUUCCAGAACGAAAAUCUUGUAAUCAUUCAACUUAUCGAUGGUAAAAGAGGGCCGUGCAUUGGAUGUGUUCCGGAUCUUAUAUGUAUAGUAGAUGUUGACACAGCAGAACCAAUCACAACAGAAGAAGUCAAGUUUGGUCUGCGUGUGGCAGUUCUCUUGCUACCAUCCCAUGACCUACUCCGCAGACCUGAAUCUUUAAAAUGGGUCGGACCUCAAGCUUUUCAUUAUGGAGACGAAAUACAGUUUUCUCCUUAUAAACAGAGACUACACAUUGAAACAGUAGGCGCUAUAGUACAGCAUAAAUAACAACAUUUAGUACAUAAUACACUACAUCCCGAAUUACAUAUGUCUGAAGAACUUGCAUCAUUUAGUACAUUAUACCUCUGAAAGAGACAGCUGGAGAGAUCUAACGAAGAUCUCGGGACAGACAUUUGAGGCCUAAAGAAAAGUCAUUCCCGAAUACCGGCGAGACCAAUCGUUAUAUUAGGCCUGAAAAUUGACCUGCGACGUCGCAACCUGUGGGCAGUUUAGACCAAUAGUUCGUUGCCACGACACCUGUGGUGACUUUGGACCUGUGACGUGGUCUCGAUACAAGCGCAUAUCCCAGGCAGUCAACGGCUUUAUCUGCAUCAGAUGUAGUAGAAUAUGCAUGAAAUCAUACUUAAUCUACGAACCGAAAUCAUUAUUAUUGAGCGAACGGUUAGAGGUUUUUAAAAAAAGUAAAAACGGGUUUCCCAGUCAUUUUUCUCAGACAUCAUAAAAAAUAAAUUUGUAUAUUUAGAGUAACCCAAACAUUAUUUUUUUAAAGUGUUUUAUUGUAUUGACUAAUUCUUAAAGAAUUUAUAUUUCCAUCUAGGUCAAUCUUCUUUAGCUUUAGAUUUGGUGUCCAUGUUAUGAGUUGUGAAUGCCCGUCUUUAAAAAAAAAAGUGAAUAAUCAUAUAGUGCAAGAUUCAUUACACUUAUAGUAGGCUACAUUAUACAGUGUAGCUACUAAAGCUUCAAGUUCUACUGAUGGGGUUGAAAAGAUUUCAUUUUUUAAAGUUUUUAACAUCUUAUGUUGAUUUACAAUUGAUAUCUUAUAAUUAAAUUUCUUGCUGAGAUUUCAUUGUUUCAGAAAGUAAAAUUGCUGAAAUCUUUUGACCAUGUUUUUUUUUCUGUAUGUUGAAUUGAUAUUCUGUGAAUUCAUAUCUAUUUUUUUAAAUAAACAACAUUCCAUGAUCAAACGUUAGUUUUAUUUUCCAAGAAGUUUUUGUGUGAAAUCAUAUUGUUAAUUAUUUAUAUUUUAACCAAACUUUUAAAAAAUAUUUUGUUAUCAUGAAACAAAUUGUUUCGAAUCGGAUAGUUUUGAAAGUGUAUGAAAUAACACAACGAAAGUACGCUGAGGCUUGUGU